CCGGCGACGUGCGUGUACGCCGCACUGGCCGCGUCCCAGGCGCGCCGCAUGCGCUGUCGCAGUCUCCGUGCACCAGCGAGUCAUGAGGCGCACGCUGCUAGUAGAGUCUAGCGUACCUUCGUCCAAUGCACUCAGUUCUGACAAUGACGAAGAAGAAGACGUUGUCUCGGUGCAACAGCCAGCCUUGAGACGUUCGCGGCUGCACAAGUCCAACAUACCACUCCAUUCUGACGACGAUAACGACGAUGGUGUCACCGAGGAGGGUCCCACUUACUUUAAGCCGAACGUGGACGAAACUGCCAACAUUGACUCUGACAGUGACACCAAGUCGUACGAUAGCAAAAUGCCAAGUGCUGCCGGCGCGGUAGCGUCGGCGCCGCCGAUGCCACUGAACGUGGACGCGGACAACUACAUGUUCCGGCCGCGUUCGCUGAGCUUCACUCAGGCGUCGGCGCCGGCGUCCGUGCCGCCGCCGCCGGCGGCGGCGGCAGUGGCUAGGACGACGUCGCUGCACACACUCGUCUGCUCGUGCCACCUGUCAUGCUGCUGCAUGUGUGUGUCGCUCUCUGCCACAGAUUGCCACGCCUGCUUCCACAACGUAUGCCUGCGCUUCGCCAGCAACCAUGUGUGCCAACGAAACAACGAGAUCUUGCCGCCCAUCACCCAUCACAAGGAGAAGCCCAUCAGCGAAUGGACGUCCGCCAAUGUUGUGGAGUGGAUGGCAGCUCUCAAUUUGUACCGCUAUGCCGGCGUGUUCAAAUCGAAAGAUAUCAAAGGCUCUGAUCUCAUUCUCUUGGAUCGCGAGAAGCUGAUGAAUAUGGGCAUAAAGGACGAAUUCCAUCAAAAGGCUAUACUGGUGUGUAUCGAUGAACUGUGCCGGUCGCAAGAACAGGAACCUACUGUGGCCGAAGAAGAGCGUGGUGGUACUCCUCACAGACUGCGGGAACACAGCUUCUCUAGCCUGGAACGCUGUGACAAAUGCAAUCGUUACCUUCGUGGGCUGGUGCACCAGGGUCUCCUGUGCCAGGACUGUGGAUUUGUUGCUCAUCGCACGUGCCGAGCCACUGGAUUGGGCUCGUGUCUAUCCGCUUCACCCGCAUCGUCUUCUGCAUCGAGACCUCGCUUCUGUUCAUUGUUUGGUGUGCCUCUUUGUGUUUCUGAACGACCUGGUCCCCCUGCAGUCGUAGUGAAAUGUGUCGAUGAACUAGAGCGCCGAGCGCGCCUCGUCUACAAUUUGGACCUGUACAAAAUGUACCGUUCAUCACCCAGUGCUGAUAGGGUUGCUGAACUACGACAAAAGAUUGAUGACGAUAUCCAUGGUGUGGAUUGGUCAUCGUAUGAACCAAACUGUAUUGCAAGCAUCUUGAAAAAGUUUCUUAGAGAACUUCCAGAUCCUAUUAUACCUGUCCAAUGGUAUGACAGAUUUCUGGAAGCAUCCCGAAUCAGGAGUGAUGAACAGUGUGCUGCAACUCUUUGUCACCUUGCAGCUGAACUACCAGAACAUCACAAGGCGACUUUAAAUUUCCUGAUGGCACAUUUCUGUAGACUCUGUCAAAUGCAGCAUGCAAGAGGAUUCAGGGAGCCACCUACAGUGUUAAUUCAGGUCUUGUGUCAUAUCUUCUUGCGUCCGCCGUGGGAAAGGAUAAUACAAGUUGUUUACAACACAGAGUCUCAUAUACGUAUUAUGGAACUGUUACUGCUAAAUGGGAAAUGGGGGGAGAAACUGCCAGAAUUUGCAUCUGCACCAACACUCCCUCCAAGGAAGGUUUCAAGACCCCAUCUUCCAGCUGUGGAACUGGAGACAGAGAAGGAGAAAACUGUCUCAGAUUCUCCUCCAAGCCUCCAAGAAGCGGAAUGGUACUGGGGUGAUAUUACAAGGGAGGAGGUGAAUGAAAUACUCAAGGAUACACCCGAUGGGACAUUUCUUGUGCGAAAUGCAUCCAGCAAAGGUGGUGAAUACACUCUGACAUUGCGGAAGGAUGGUACAAGCAAAUUGAUUAAAAUCAGCCAUCGAAAUGGAAAAUAUGGUUUCUCAGAGCCUUUCAAAUUUUCCUCUGUUGUGGAAUUGGUUAAUUUUUAUCGGAAUGUUUCUCUUGCUCAAUAUAAUGCCACACUAGACAUUAAGUUGCAGUAUCCUGCCUCCAAAUUUCAGCAGGAAGACGAAAUAUCAAGUACAACUGAUGUUCAGAAGGUGGCUCAGAAACUGAGGGAAAUAUACAGGGAAUAUUCUGUGACAAUGAAAACAUAUGAAGUUCUUUCAGAUGACUUCAUUCGAACAAAUCAGGAAAUACAGUUAAAAGUACAAGCUCAGGAAGCAUUUGCGGAAGCUAUAUCGAUGUUUGAAGAACAGAUUAAACUGCAAGAAAGAUUCCAAAAAGAAGCGCAACCUCAUGAAAUUAAGUCUCUUCUUGCAAAUUCCGAAAUUUUAAAACAGAGAUUAAAGUCACUCAUAGAGAGUAAGAAACAACUCGAUGACAAUAUGAAGCAACAAGUUGCUUAUAGUCGCAGCUUGGAUAGGGAGAUGAAUUCUCUGAAAGCUGAAAUAAUUCAGCUUCGUAGGCAGGAACAACGUCACUUGAAGUGGCUAAAUGCCCAUGGAGUUAAGCCCCACCAGAUAAAAAAUAUAUUAUCAGAUGAAGCUGGAACAUCGUCAGGACUGGGGCAGAUCGAGAUAGAUGGUGAUCUGGAGUCUCUGCCUCAUCAAGAUGAGAGUACCUGGCUUUUGCGUGACUGUUCACGUGAUGAUGCAGAGCAGCUGUUGAAAGGGCGGCCAGAUGGAACGUUCCUUGUUCGACCAAGCCGCACAGGGCAGUAUGCCCUUUCCAUAACGUGCAAAGGCACAACAAAUCACUGCAUAAUUUAUAAGACUGAGCGUGGGUACGGAUUUGCGGAACCGUACAACAUUUACGAAUCGCUGAAACUAUUGGUGCUCCAUUAUGCUCAGAACUCUUUAGAGGAGCACAAUGAUGCUCUGAAGACAACAUUAGCCUACCCUGUGUUUGCCUCUGGACCCACUCAACCAAACCAGACGGCUUCGGAAAACAACAGCUCGAGUUCUGGUUAUGUAUAUUCACAGCCACGAUGAGAAUUCAGACUGUUCCAUGACACUGCUGACUGUGAUAUGAACUAUGUGCCAGAAAAUAUGUCAAUGUACAAAAAGGAAAAAAGCCGUACAUGCAUCGGCAAAUAUAAAUAUGAAGAAUUGUUGUUUUGUGUUACCAAAAUAGGUAUGUGUGGAAGUGACUGACUGAAGAAGCAUGAUGUGUGUACUUGGUACUUUUAAAAUGUCAGUUUCCAGAAGACAAAACAGGAAACAUUGCUUUCAGUAAUUACAUGUGCUGUGUUUCUUGUGACUCCAUUCUUUACCUUUGAGACUGAUAAAUGGACAUUCCUGUGUACAGAUUUUACUCUAGGAUUGUACCGGACAUUUAUAGCCAUACUUUGUGAUGUUUUUGUACAAGAUUAGUAUUUUAAAUAUUUAUUUACUAUCGAUUUGGGGUCUAUUGAAGUAAGUGUAUUUUGGCAGUGAUCUUGUGAAUGAUAACCAAAGAAAUGUGUGUGUGCUAUUGAAAAGAUUGGCAAGGACUUGCAGAUUCUGUAUGUAAGAGUUGGCAAAAUUUGAUGAAAAAUCUUUAGGCUUUGUCUCAUAUUUAAACACAUUUCUGUAUAUCAUGCUACCUUAACAGAAAAGAAAUGUGUUUUAUAGUUAUUCUGUAAGAGUUUGUGUGUUGUGACUAUUAACAGGAAACUGAAGAAUGAAAAGAGUCAAAUUCUGUAUUUCCAGUAAUGCAAAGUAUGAAAUUGGCUAUGUGCUUUAAAGCUUUUAUGAAUGCUUUAAAGCUGUGCUCCAUACAUCUGCCAGACAUCAUUAAGAUGUAAUUUACAUUUGUGAUGUCUUAGAACCAGAGCUUACUGUAAUAUAUUCAUCGUCCACAACUCUCACUCUUAUCACUGGUCAUACUGAAACAAACAUCACAAUUGCUUUGUAAAUGAAACUUGGUCAAUAGAGUGAAAUAUUUUGUUCUAUCAUUUAAGAGUUUAGAGUGAGUGAUUGGUGUCCACAUUUUCAGCAACCUGAGUUGAUCCUGCUCUAUGUAAGUACAGGCCACUGCAAUAUAAGCAUUUUUUCCAAUUUUUGGCUGAGAGAGAAGAGAUCAAUCAUUAUCAAGUAAUUGGUUCUAGCCAACAUAGCCAGAGAAAACCAAAUAAUGCUUUAAAACAAUAUGCUAAUGUGAUGCACAGUAUAAAUUUAUACAGGGCUGAUAGGUGAGCCAAAACUUUGGGAUGAUUCUAUAAUACCCAUAAACGACCUAUAAAACCAUGAAGAUACUACAUUAAGGAUGGUGAAUAAACUAGAUUUCAGUUUGUUUUAGUAUGAAUGUGCAGAAAUAUCAUUUGGUACAUCAUAAUUUGGUUGUUGCCAGAUUGUACAUUAAAUAACUUUGGUGCUCCCUUUUUUUUUUUUUUUUUUUUUUCGAAACCAUAAAAAUAUCAGAUGUUUCCAAAUUAUUAAAAUCUUAAUGUCAAUAUAUGGUAUUGUCCACUAAGUGUGAGAUAUUUGUUAUUUUGUCUUCCUGUUGCAUCCAUUCACAAUACUCACAAUAAUUAUUGUGAUUCUAAUAAUCUGAUGAAUUAUAAAUGAUUUAUGUAUACCUAAAUUUGCAUUCUUGCUGCACAUCAUCCACAGCUGGUCUCCAUUCCAGUUCAGUAUCUUUUAAUUCUUCCAUAAAUUAUAGUAGAAUAGUUCCUCUAAUCAUUUAUGCUUUAUAUUCUACGAUAUUUUUCUUACAUUUCUUUUUUCAUUUCGUAUAUUUCCCAUUCUGUUGGUGGUGCAAACAAUUUAAGUUUUGCUGUUUUUGAUGUCUCAGCCAGAUCACUAACUGUUCAGGCAUUAGAGUACCCACUACGGGAAUGUUACUAUGUUUCACAGUUCAAUUAAAAUAGCUGUGAAGAAAUAACAA